CCCCCUCCCGCCGCCGUUUCUUCCAACCGAAACGGCUACAAAGCUUCCCCCAGAAGCGUGUUCGGGGCCAGAGAGGAAGUGCUGAUGGGGGGAGGUUUGAACUGCAGUCGAAUAGCAGUCUGGUAUUAUGUUGUGAUCCGUGGUAACUCCCCUCCCCAGUGGAAAGUAGAUCCCUCCUUGAUAAGAUGACUUUUCAGUGGACAGCCGUUGCAGCCUUUCUGUAUGCUGAAAUAGUUAUAUUAUUGUUACUCUGCAUACCGAUUAUUUCUCCUCAGAGAUGGCAGAAGGUUUUUGGGAUCCCAAUAUGGAAUAAGAUUACAAACUAUUGGAACAAGGCGUUCCUUACUAUUAUAGUCCUACUGAUUGUUUUAUUUCUUGAUGCUGUAAGAGAAGUGAGAAAGUAUUCCAACAUUCAUUUAUCUGAAAAAACUACACACGCAAGCCCCAACGCUUUUGAUCACAUUCAAAUGAAACUUUUUAGAUCACAACGGAACCUCUAUAUCUCCGGAUUCUCACUUUUUCUUUGGCUUGUGCUGAGACGUAUGAUUUCCCUUAUCACUUUGUUGGCAAGAGAGAUGGGAGCCCAGGCAGCUCUAGAAAUGCAAAUAGCAGAUACCAGUGAAGUUGCCAAGAAAUACUUGGAAGAGAAUGAAAAACUCCAGCAGACUCUGAAAGAGAAAACAAAUUGUGACAGUGCAGAUAUGGCUGAUGCAACCAGUGUAAAGCUGAAGCAAGAAGUGGAAGACCUGAAAGAAGAAUUAAAUAAAAAAACGAGUGCUCUCAAGAAGUCAACAAAUGAAAUGACUGCAGUUAAAAAGAAGUGUGAAGACCUUAGGAAAGAAUAUGAUCACCUUACAAAAGAACACAAAAGAAUGCUGGGCUGUGCAAGUGAAAAGCAUAAUAAGAAAACUCUAUAAGUGUCUUACAAGGAGACUGACUUUAAAUAAAUCUGCAUCAGCACGAAUUGCCUGUUGUCAUCUUUAUUCUUCAAAACAGUGAUGGCGGAUAAUUUUUAAAAAUAUUUCAAAGGACACAUAUUGCAUUCACUACUGCAAAUGCUAGAUAGUUGUUGGUUGCCAAAAUACUGUAUUUAUUUAGCAAUGAAAAUAGUGGGAUAUAGUCUUGUUGAAUGAAGGCCCAGUGGAAUUUUUACCUCUUAUUAAUUUUAAAAAUUCUCUUUGUAUAUAAUCUCCCACAUACUGCAGAUCUCCAUGGCAUAUUAAAUACUCCAUUCAUUUAAUUACAAAUUUGGCAGAUCAUAGUGGAGUUUUGUUUAAAAAACCUGUUUCAUACCUCCCUUGUGUGAGCUGAACUGUUUGUGUGGUCCUUUGGACCCAAACUAGUAGUGAUGUAUCGGAAGUACAUUGUAAAUUUUUUUAUCCUACAAGGAACAUGAGAAAACAUAUUAAAUAGAAAUGUCCAUUUAGAGUAACUAUUCAGCUCCUAUGAAGAACACUGAAAAGUAAGGAAAGAAAAAGAUAGGGGAAAACAGACCACCUUUUGCUGAUAAUGCAGAAUAAGCUUUAUAAAUUAUAUCAUAACAUGACAUUAUCAUGCAGUAACCCAUCACACUAAUGAUUUUUAGCAAUACGAUUAAACUUGGUUGCUGAAAGAAUUAUGGUGGAGUGCAGCGUACUCAUACACAUUAAAUAAUUUUACAAUUGGUAAAAGUUUUAAGAUACUGCUUAAGGCCACUUCAUGUUUAAUUUUGCAGAUUCAUAUAAUUUUGAGUUUUCUUUUCCCUUGCUUUGAGAUGUUAUUAUAGUCCAUGUGUUUUCUUCACAUUGUGUUCAAGAACUUGCCUGUGAUGUGUUUUAUUAUGGUUUCUUUGUGCAGUGGAUACUUGUGAAAAAACAAUUCUGUGCAACUUACAAAGCAGUUUUCUUGGUGAAUAAUUAUA